GGGGCUGUGAGUGGGACGUGUACGGCGCGGGGCGUGAGGGGUUGUGCGUCGUGGGUGUGGGUGUUUCACGCCAUAAGCUGAAGGACGGGUACGGCGAAUCAAGUCGAUUGAUGGAUAUCGUCCAGAACGUCAGUGUAGGGUCCAUCAAUUCUUGUGACGCGUAGCCCUCGGAUUCACCUUUAAAUUCUGAGGUGUCCCGGGCGCCGCCGCCGCCGCCGCCGCGGUCAGCAGUGCCCCGGUCCCCGGGUCGGCUUAUCACCAUGUCGGCGGAGCAGCAGCCGUCCAGCACGUCCAUGGACGUGUCGGACAACGAGACCAGCUCGAGCUCCGAGCAGGUCACCAACGCGGCCGUCUCCAACGUCUCCACCAUCCCCGAUAAAUACGGCUUUAUGCACGUCGACGGCGACGACUUCCACUAUGACGAGGAAAAGCUGCCCGUGAAGAUGCUCCGACAGCGGGAGCGCAAGUGGCUGGAAAUGCUGCAGCACUGGGACUACUUUAUGACGCACGACUUCAAAAAGGUCCGCAGCCGGUGCCGGAAGGGCAUCCCGACCUCGCUGCGGGCGCGCGCCUGGCAGCACCUCUGCGGCGGCCACUACAUGAUGCAGCGCAACGUGGGCGCCUACGAGCGCCUCCUGGAGAUGCCCAUCGACAGCCACGUGCUGGACGAGAUCAGCCGCGACCUCCACCGCCAGUUCCCCAUGCAUGAGAUGUUCAUGCGCAAGGGCGGACAGGGCCAGGAGGAGCUGAUGAAGGUGCUGCGCGCCUACGCCUGCUACAACCCGGCGGACGGCUACAGCCAGGCGCAGGCGCCGCUGGCCGCCGUGCUGCUCAUGCACAUGCCGACCGAGCAGGCCUUCUGGUGCCUGGUCUCCAUCUGCAAGGAGUACCUGCCCAUGUACUACGGGCCGGGCAUGGAGCGGGUGCAGCUGGACGGCGACAUCCUGCAGGGCCUGGUGAAGCGUGUGUCGCCCAACGUCUACCGACACCUGAAAAAGCAGAAGGUGGACCCGGCGCUGUACAUGGUCGAGUGGUUCAUGUGCAUCUUCAGUCGCACGCUGCCCUGGGCGUCCGUGCUGCGCGUCUGGGACAUGUUCUUCUGCGAAGGCGUGAAGGUGCUGUUCCGCGUGGGUCUGGUGCUGAUCCGGUACGCGCUCGGCCGCCGCGGCAUCAUGAAGCAGUGCCCCAGCAUGUACGAGACGGUCGAGUGUCUGCGCUCGCUGCCGCCGGAGAUCAUGCACGAGACGGCGCUCGUGCACCAGAUGAUCAAGCUAGACCUGGACGAAGACUCGAUGACCCGGGAGCACCACAAGCAGGUGAAGAAGCGCCAGAAGGCGGAGCGCCAGCGGCAGCGGCAGCAGGAGCAGGAGGCCAAGCAGCGGGCGGCGGCGACCAGCUGA